AUGUUUAGAAUCAAACAGGCUCUGCAGUUUCAUAUGCGUCUGUGCAUCCUAAAAGGAGUUUACCCAGUUGAGCCCAAAAACAAAAAGAAAGCCGGCAGAGGGAACUCUGAACCUCGGAUUUACUUUCAUGCCAAAGACAUCGCAUUCCUGGCAAGGGAACCACUAAUUGAAACGUUCCGUGCCUUGCGCAUUCACCAGCGUCGUCUAAAACGUGCGCGUGAAAAGCUUGACCGCGACAAGGAAUUUCGACUCCGCAUGAAAAAACCAACUUAUACUUUGCACCAGCUUGUCAAAGAAAGAUAUCCUACGCGACGUGAUGCUCUUCGGGAUUUGAGCGAUAGUCUCAACCUUCUUUUCCUGUUUUCCCGCCUACCCCGUUUGCCACAGUUUCAUCCUGCCCUUAUUUCUCUUUGUCGGAGAUUUUGCGUGGAGUUCCUUCAUUAUGUGAUCGCUACGCGUGCAGUUCGAAAGGCUUUCAUUAGCAUAAAAGGAUUCUAUAUCGAAGCUGUGAUUGAUGAAGUUUCCGUGGUUUGGGUAAUCCCACAUCAGUCGGCCACUCAUACUCCCACUGAUGUGGAUUACAGAUUGCUUGCAACGUGUGUGGAGUUCGAUGCCACGCUCCUAGGUUCUCUAUUAUGCAAUCUUUAUAAACAUUCUGGUCUUCUUUACCCACCGAAGCUUAUGACAUCAGCUAUUUCAGAUCCGGAGUCCGCAUUCUGUGCUCCAUCAGACGCGCAGUUUGAGUUUCUUUCAUCUCUUUCCUUCCCUCUGAAAAGACUGGAGGAGAGUAAACAGGAACCCGCGUCUCUAGAUGAUCUUGUUGAACUACAGACCAUCGACGAUUCAGUUACCGCUGCUGUAAACAAACAAGCCCAAACUGAACGAAUCAAACAUCUUUUUGAAAACAAACGCUUCUUCUUAAACCGUGAGGUCCCAAAAGAAGUUCUCACUUUGCUGAUUCGGUCCUGCGGUGGUGAGUGCUCGUGGGACGUAUCGUCCGGUCCCGGGUCAACGUUCCUUGAAGAUGAUGUCCGGAUUAAUUACCAGGUCGUUGAUCGAUCAAUGAAGGAAAUGAGCGCCAACCGUUUAGCUGAGAUCCGAGGUGCAGCAGUUGUUGCUAGUCAAAAUGAAUCUGGCGGCAACGCGGAAGGACAGGAGGAAGAGGAGGAGGCGCAGAAGGUGACUGAGAUGGAUGUGGAUGAAAACGCAUCGGCUAAAAAGACAAAGAAACGAAAGAGAAUGAGUGCACAGAAGGCCUUGGCCGAAGGUAAGAAGGCGGUUAUCACCCCUGGCCGAACUGAGAGUGCCCUUUCUCUCAAAAUGGCCGCGAAGGCAGAGGAGAAUGCCCAGCGCAAACUUCGAGAACUCAUGCUACCCAAGAGGCACAAGAACUUGUACAGAAAAAUGGUCCAUGCACAGAAGACGGCUAACAAAGACGUCAACCAGCUGGCGGAGAGGAGAAAGGCAAUCGACACGUAG